ACUGGGCAUGGUUAACCGCACAAAGUGUGUCAGUACUUGUCAGAGUAAAAGGCAAGUAAAAGUGCAUGUGUUAACAUUUGGUUGCUGGAGAUCUGAUGUGCUGAACACGACUGAAAAAGUGAAAGAAGGAAAAACAUGGAAGUAAUAUUUAGCAGAAAAUCUGCAAAUGAGCAUUCAGGUGAUUCACGUGAUCUGAGGAUUGUGCUGCUGGGAGUCUCUGGAGCUGGAAAGAGCACAAUAGGAAAUGCAAUACUGGGUCGAGAUGCAUUUAAAGAGAGCAGAACCAGAGAGAGUGAGAUACAGACAGGAAUAAUAGAAAACAAAAACAUCUCCAUCAUUGACACGCCAGGAUUCUUCAACACUCAUCUGACUGAUGAAGAGCUGCAGGAGCAGAUGAUGACAAGUUUGCAUCUCUCAGAUCCUGGUCCUCACGUGUUUCUGCUCAUCAUCAACCUAGAGACCUUCAGAGAGGACAAGAGGAACAUUGUAGAAAAGAUUCAGGAGAUCUUUGGAGCUCAAGUGUUUAAAUUCACAAUGGUUCUGGUCACUGGGAGAGAAAAAAUGUCAAGAAAAGAAUGGAUGAUCUUUAUACUUGAGACAAAAUUUCAACAGUUCAUCAGUCACUGCAGAGAUAAUUAUCAUGCAAUCAACAGUAAAAGUGAGAUAAAUCGAUCUCACAUCACAAAACUUCUGGAGAAGAUUGAUGAAACUGUCAAACAGAAUAAUAACCAGCAUUAUAGUAAUGAUAUUCACUUAAUGUCUCGAACAAACAGUGUAAGAAUAAAGAAAAAUCAAGAAGAAAGAAUCAAAGAAGAAAAAGACAGAAACAAAGAGCAAAAUAAUGAGAUAAGACAAGAGCAAAUAAAAAUAGUGCAGGAGACAUUUGAAAUAGAAAGUGUAAUGGCAGAAAAAACCAAAAAGCACAGUAUUAUUUCUCAGGUGAGAGAAACAGGGAGAGCCCAAGUGUUUGCUGAAGGGAAGGUGGGUCAUACAUCAGCAGUAAGAUUACUGACAAACUUAUUUGAAAGAAUGGAGGAAAAAAAUGCAGUCCAGACACCAAUAACUGGAAAAAUCAGCAGAAUAUGGGGCCAGAAGACACAAAUGACAACAACAGAACAACAUUUGACAGAAGCAGGUAAGAAUGUUUAA